AUGAGCAAUAGUGGAAGUAGUAGCAAACUUCGUCUCUUAUCCGAUCUUCAACAAAUACAAAAGGAUCCACCAGAAGGAAUUACAGCAAGCCCUGAAAGUGAUAAUGAUCUGUAUGUUUGGAACGCAACCAUUACAGGUCCUAUGGAUUCAAUCUGGGAAGGUGGUAUCUUCUUCCUCCGAUUAACAUUCCCAACUGAUUAUCCUUCAAAACCACCAAAAGUUAAAUUUACAAGCAAAAUUUUCCAUCCAAAUGUUUAUAAGGAUGGUUCUAUCUGUUUGGAUAUUGUACAGGACAAAUGGUCACCAAUUUAUACAGUCGAUUCGAUUCUCACUAGUAUCUUAUCUUUAUUAGAAGAUCCUAAUCCAGAUUCUCCAGCCAAUCCAGAAGCUGCUAAAUUAUUUGUCAAUGAUAAGAAGGAAUAUAGGAAGAGAGUGAGAAAAUGUGUCGAAUCACUCCUUGAAUAA